AUGGUCUGUGAUACGACUGGCAUUCUCACUGUUAUUCUGCGAGUUUUUCGAUGCUGUUCGGCAGUAUCAUUUAAUACAGGAGAAUCUGGAAGGCAAGAGAAGUUAUCAACACAUUCAUUGAAAUAUAAUCUUCAAGGUCGCCGUGCAAUAUUUCUGAAGUACUUUUUGAAAUGGUUUCUCAACAAGUGUGGUUUUAUAGUAUCAUCAAAUUAUGUCAUCAAGUUCUCCCAAACCGCCCAAGUCUUCUACUCCCAGUGUUCCUCUGGAUGA